AUGAACAAAAAUAAAGCAACUAAUCAUCGAGUCGCUAAGAAAGCACAGAAUGAUCACAUCCCUAAAUAUAUAAAAGACCAACCAUGGUUCUAUAAAGAUGACAAAAAGUUGAAUAAUAGUAAUGAUGACCAAAACUCUGAGAAUAAGAAUGAAGAUGACUAUUUAUUGCAUCAUAGACAAAAAAAUAAAGGAAAUAAUGCAUUGGAUAUCAAUAAUAACUCUGAGGCUAAAAUUGGCAUGGGUAUAAAUGAUGAAGUGGUUAAAAUUUCUCAAAGAAGCUAUAGAAAAAAUAGAGGAACGAUUUCCCAAACUUGCGCAAACUGUGGAUUAGAGGGACAUGUUACAAGAGAUUGUCUUGAAAGGCCGACAAAAAUAGUUAAACAAGCCAAUGGCGAUACAGAAGAGCCUAUAUCUGUAAGGAGUGAAAAUAUAGCUUCUGAUUACGAUGCAAAACGAGAUAGAUGGUUUGGUUUUUCAUGGAAAGGUGAUAAUGAAGUGCUCUCAAGCUGGCAAAAGAGGCAAGAGAAAGCAACUAUAGAAGAAGGCUCCACCCGUGAUAUUACCAACAAUGAAGCGACAGAAUGGGAUACUGAUGAGGAAAUUGAAUUGACGAAGCUAGGGUUAUAUAAGGAUGAUACGGGACUUUUGAAAGUUGACGAUGCAGAUAAAAAGGGUAUUAAAAUGAUGUCAGUAAGACUAAGAGAAGAUAAAGCCAACUAUCUUAAAGAUAUUUAUUCCGAAGACAUCAAAUACGAUCCUAAAUCCAGAAUAUAUAAGGACUCAAAAGUAGGCGAAGUAAAUGAGAAAUCAAAUAUGUUCCAUAGAUAUUUAACCGGAGAAGGUGUAGAAUUUGAUAAAUUGAAUAAAAUCUCUAUAGAGAAUGCAAAAAAGGAAGGGAUAAAAAGUAUGGAUACCAAUCCGGAUAAGGUCAAACAUGUAUUAAUUGCGAAUCCAACGAAGUACGAGAAGAUGGUAAAAGAGAUGAGAGAACACCCCAAAGAAGAUGAGAGUAAGGUGAAAACCGUGAAUUACAACGAUCUUGAAGCACGACCAGUAGAAGGCAAGAGACAAAAAAAGAAGACAAAAAAAAUAUUAGCCGAUAUGUAUGGAUGA